UCUUCUCCGAACGAUCGAACGCUGUCGCGAACGGUUGGCGCAGCAGAUGGAAGGAAAUCGCUUACUUUUAAAAAGUGUUGUUAAUGAAAACGUUGGUGUCUGUUUUUUUGGCAAAAUUGUGUAUUAUUUAGACAUACUUAAGUGUUUAAUUGUUUCAAAAGAAAUUAUCAAUGUUGGAAAUACAGUCGCAAUGAAACGAGCCCUACCUUCUUUUUUGCAUGCUAGAGAAAACAGCGUGGACCGCAGGAUGCGUCCUCGGCCGAACACUCGCGUCAACUUGGAGAGUCUAAUGUCCAACGAUAGUCGGAGUUCCUCUUCGCGGUCGUCAUCACCGUCCCACAGAAGCAGUUCGCCAAUACCGCCGGAAGUGGAUCGAGCAGAGCCCGCAAAGGACAAUGAUACCGUUAAGGUGUGUCUUCGCUUGAGGCCACAUUUGCGAAGUAAUCCUUACAAAACAGCAUUCAAGAUUCAAGACAAUAUGCUUAUGGCUAAAAAUGUUGAUGAUAAUUCAACCGAGCGCCAGUUCACGUUUAGCGAGAUCUUUGACGAUACAGUGUCGCAAGCCGAAGUCUACGAUAGGUGCAUCAAACCCGCUAUGCAGAACAUUUCAGGUGAACGGGGGGCCACUUUCCUAACUUACGGCACAUCCGGUUCGGGGAAAACCUAUACACUGCUAGGAAACCAUUCCAAUCCAGGUAUCGUGCCAAGAGCCAUUGAGCAGGUCUUCGUAGAAAAUGCUGAUAAUAUUUCGCCUCAUCCUAGUCUUAAGAUAGACAAAACAUCGGUCAGUUUUCUUGAUGACGAUUCCGUUUGUAGAGAACUGAAAAAGGUAGAAUCCAUGAAAAAAAUGUUAUCCAUAUCGACUGGCCAUUCCAAGAUGAAGUCCAUCAUCCGAAAAGAGCACGAUUUCUUACCGAACAAAGACCCAGAUCUCCGUGUUUUUAUCUGGGUGUCCUUUGUUGAGAUCUACAAUGAGAACGUUUAUGACUUGCUGGGUCAGGAUUCGAUUUUCGGAAAAAGGAAGCCAAUGAAAAUCCUUUCCAACGAAGGAAAUGCCUACAUCAAAGAUCUAUCGUGUAUAUUUGCUGGAAGCAGUGAGGAUGCCUACCACAUACUACAGUUUGGACUUCAAAGCGCAACGUACGGAUCAACUGAUGUCAAUAGCAAUUCCAGUCGUUCUCAUAGUAUUUUCUUCAUGACUGUGGUGUCGUAUUCCCUCACGUCGCAAUUAAUCAACUAUUCCGUCUAUAAAUUCUGUGAUCUUGCCGGCUCGGAACGCCUCAAGAAGACUGGCAACUUUGGGGAUCGUCUGAAGGAAGCUCAAAAGAUCAAUACCUCCCUAAUGGUCCUCGGACGGUGCUUAGAAACUGUGCAUAAGAAUCAGAAAUCCAAGAAACUGGCCGAAAUAGUUCCAGUGCGCGAUUCCAAACUUACAAUGCUGAUCCAAUCGGCUCUACUCGGAAAGGAGAAGCUUUCCAUGAUCGUCAACCUUUAUCCCACCGAAGAGUACUACGAUGAGAACUUGAACGUGCUGAACUUUUCGUCCAUCGCCAAACAGAUUGUACUGCAGAGGAAACCAACUCAACGGCGGGAUCGAACCACACGGUUCUCGUUCUUUUUGGCCCAAGCUACUAGCAGUCCGUCGGCUCGGAUCGACUGCAAUCAGCUUAUGGUGGAGAAUGAAAGAUUGAAGCAAGAACUAUCCUACGAAUCUAACGUCUACCGAGAGCAACUGGCGGACAAGGAAUUGGAAAUCCAACUACUGAAACGAGAGAUUCUCGACCAGGAGCGACAAUUACGCAACGAACUGACGGACGAUUUCGAGUCGUACUGCGUCCAACGGGAAGCCACAUUUCAAACUCGGCUCAAGCAGGCCCUGGAGGCCGCCGUAGUUCCCUACAAGUUGCAGAUAACUGAUUUGAAAACCAAAAUUGACCAACUCAGGAACACCAUCACUGAUAUGGAGUACGAGGAGGAUGAGUAUGAGAAGAAACUCAAUGCAUACAAGGAAGAGCUUCAGAAGUACCGUGAGAAGGAAAUUCGAACGAGAAGAUUGUCAUUGUGAACAGGGGAUAGCUUUUAACUGAUUUUAAUGCUUGUUUCUUUUUUUCAAUAAACAUAUUAAUGUAUUAUAGAC